GUAAUUCUGGAACUCUUACAUUACUUUAGUUCCUAAAGUUUCAUAACCUUCUGUGUUUUUAUCCUCAGGUCACUUGGAAUUGCGGAAGAAAGGUUAACUUGACACAUGUCCAUAAACCCUGAGAUGGAAGGUAAAUCUGAAUUUGCUGAUAACAGAGAAGAGAAAAUGGUGAAGGAAGAACUUCAUCUCAAAAUCGAGGACAAGAUUAAAAAGCCUGAUGAGGAAAAGGAGAAGAUCGACCUGGAACUUGAAUUAAAGACCAAAUCAGUGGAGAAUGAAAAACCAAAACAUGAAGAAGACAAGGAAGCAAGAGAUGAGAAAGACAAAAAGAAAUCGAAGAAAAUAGAUAAAGAGGAAAAGUACAAAGAGUCCAAGGAGAAAGUGAAGAAGAGUGAUGAAGAUGGAGAACAGAAAGAGAGAAAGAACGAGGACAAAAAGAAGAAGAAGAAGGAGAAGGACAAUGUGUGUGAGGGUGGUACAGAUGAAGAGUCAAAGGAGCACGACAAUAGUGGAAAAUGUAAAGUAGAAGAAGAGAAGAAGAAAGAGGAAAAAAAGAAGAAAGACAAAGGGGAGGAAAAGAAGAUAGAUGAAGCAGGAGACUCAGAGGAAGUGAAGAAAGAGAAAAAGAAGGAUAAAAAGAAUAAAAAAUCUAAGGCUGGGGAGUUGGAUAAGGCUGGAGGGUCAGAGGAAGAGGAGGAAGGGAAAAAGAAAGAUAAAAAGAAGAAGGACAAGGCUGGAGAGUCUACGGAAGAUAAGAAGAAGAAGGUCAAGCCUGGAGGUUUAGAUUCUAAAGAAGAUGAUGAAGAUCGGAUCAAGGAUAAAAAGAAGAGAGACAAAAAGGAGGAGGAUGCAGAAGAAGAGGAAGAAACAGUGAAAUACAGAGAUGAGAAUUUCAGUGUCAAGGAAGAGAAGGAACAUCAGGUGGGAGAGGAAGAGGAAGAGGAAGAGGAAGAAAAGAAGAAAAAGGAGCUUAAAGGUGUGGAGGACAAAGAUGAAGUGAAGAAGAAAGACAAGAAAGAGAAGAAGGAUAAAGAAAAGAAAGUCAAGCACAAAAAGGAGUUAGAAGGAGAUUCGAAUGAGGAAACAGGGGGAGAGGACAAAGGAAAAGAAGAUAAAAUGGAGAAAAAGAAUGAGAAGGAGAAGAAACACAAGAAAGAGAAGAAUAAAGAAAAGAAAGUCAAAGACAAAGUGGAGUUGGAGGGAGAAUCAUAUGAAGUAACAGAGGGAGAGAAGGACAGGGGAAAAGAAGAUAAGAAAGACGAGGAAAAAAAGAAAGACAAGGAUAAGAAACACGACAAGAAGAAAAAUGAUGAGACUGAUGAAGGAGAGUUUGAGGCUGAAGUUACCACAAAGGAAAUUAUAAUUGAUGAAAAUGGAAAAGAAUCAGGAGGUGAAACAGAGGAAAAGUGUAACGCCAAGAGAGAGGAAGGUAAAGAUAAAAAAGAAAAGGACAAGAAAAAUGAGAAGGGUGAGAGGAAAAGGAAAGCCGAAGAGAAAUACAAGGGUAAAAAUCUUGACAAGCUAAAAAAGAAGUUGGAGAAGAUCAAUGCCAAAAUGGAACUCCUCCUAGAAGAAAAAGCUGACAUCAUGAUGCGAAUAAAAGAAGCUGAGGACAAGAACCCUGUCCCUAGUGAGACGCGCAAAGAUACUGUAGAGAAGCCCAAAGAUACAGAAGUGGUAGUUUAGUUGGCAUAGCACUAUGUGGUAGAUAUUUUAUUUAUGCUCCACUCCAUUUUGUAUUAUAUCUAGUGUGUUUCCUUCAAAAGUACUUUUUGUGUGUUUACAUAUUUAUGUGGUGACCGUGUUUGUAUAUUUUAUAAUGAUGAUUAAAAUGAAACAAUCCUGAUAUUUUGGGGUGUUCAUCUUCAUCGAGCUUAGCGAUCUGCCUUGC